AACGUCGUCGAAGCAAGCAUUGCCGACCUACAGCAAGCACUCAACAAUGGCUCCAUCACCAGCGUCGAGCUCGUGGCCAAAUACCUCCAACGCAUCAGCACAUACGACGCCCGAGGACCAUGCUUGAAUUCCAUUCCCAUCCUCAACCCGGAUGUCUUCGACGAGGCCGCAGCAUCCGAUGCCCGUCGAGCAGCUGGUCAGCUUCGAGGUCCCUUAGAUGGCAUCCCAUACACCCUCAAAGAUAGCAUGAUGUACAAAGGCAUGACCUGCUCCAACGGAUCUCGAGCUUUCAAAGAUCUAGUAGCAAACUCGGACUCUUUCGUCGCUGAGCGACUGCGACAAGCUGGAGCUGUCUGUAUUGGUCGCACGAAUACUCCGCCGAUGAUGGCAUCCGGUAUGCAUCGAGGUGUUCAUGGCCGGGCUGAGAGUCCGUACAACUUGGAGUACUUGACUGCAGCCUUUUCAUCUGGCUCUUCGAACGGUGCUGCGACGUCGACAGCGGCCUCGUUCGCUGCAUUCGGACUUGGAUCGGAGACUGUGUCUUCUGGACGUUCGCCUGCUUCGAACAAUGGGCUCGUGGCAUACACGCCUUCCCGAACUGUGAUCUCGCCUCGUGGAGUAUGGCCACUCUACCCCACCUGCGACGUAAUCGUGCCCAUGACAAGAACAGUCUCAGACAUGCUCGCCAUCCUAGACGUCCUAACAGCAAUCGACUCCACAACAAGCGGCGACUUCUGGAGAGAACAAAACCACGUCAACAUCCCCCCUGUCCCUCGCCCCCAGUCCUUUCUCUCCAUCAAGUCCCCCACCACAACCUCCCUCCACGGUAAACGCAUCGCCGUCCCAUCCAUGUACAUCGGACUCCCCUCCCCCUCCGCAAAACCCAUCACCACCUCCCCCUCCAUCAUCGCCCUCUGGAACCUCGCUCGUCUCGACCUCGAAGCGUCCGGAGCCACAGUCAUCUCAACCGACUUCCCCCUCGUGACACACUACGAAGACGACUCCAUCUCCAACCACACCAACAACGUCCAGGGCUUCACCCCCGACUGGAACAGCAAAGAACGCGGCGAGCUGGUAGCUUACCUCUGGGACGACUUCCUCAUCGCCAACGCCGAUCCGAACUGUAAUACUCUGGCUUCCGUAGACGGUACGAAGAUGUUUCCUCGUCCGGAGGGGUAUAUCCCGGAUCAAUACAUGGAACACAAGAAUUUCAUCGACUACCCCAAUCUCGUUGAAAUGGUUAAGAACCGAAACGGGAAGAGUUUGUGGGACAUUGACGGGUUGGCGGAAGCGUUGCCCGCUUUGGAGGACCAGCGGAAACGGGACUUGGAGGACUGGAUGGACGGGCUCAACAUCGACAUGGUUGUGUUUCCUGCGAAUGGGGAUGUUGGAAAAGCGGAUGUUGAUACGAAUGAUGAGAGCGCACGGCAUGCUCUUCAAAAUGGUGUGAGGUAUAGUAAUGGCAAUCGAGCGAUUCGGCAUAUGGGUGUGCCGACGGUGAGUGUUACUAUGGGUUCGAUGGAGACGACCAAGAUACCUGUGAACUUGACGUUUGCGGGGAGACAUGGGAGUGAUGUGGAGUUGUUGGGGUAUGCGUGGGAGUUUGAGCAGAGGACGAAGAGGAGGAUUGCGCCGCCUGUGACGCCUGCGCUCGGUGAUGAUAGCAGUGUUCGCUCGGCUGUCGGUGGUCUGAACGAGGUCGGGGAGCUGGACUUGCAGAUCAAGGUUGCUGAGCGAGUUGGUGAGGAUGAAGUACGACUGACAGGGACUGUGCAGUCUUCCGAAGAUGUCGAGCUGGAAGUCUUCGUCGAUGGAAAAGCUGUUGCAGCUUCGCAGAUUGAGUCGGUAGAUGGAAAGUGGUCGGUACAAGCGCAGUUCACCCCCUUCGAGCCACCGGUACCGCUGUACGGCGGAGUCGGUGAGGUGGUCGGGAAUGUCGUCGUGGUCGUACUGGCAAGGUCUGCAGGAAAGGUGCUCGGAAAGCUGGUGAUGCUCGAUCAGAAGAAGACUUCACAGAACGUCUAG